GUCUGCAGUCUUUGUCAUCCCCUGUACUGUCUGCAGUCUCUGGUCACCCCCUGUACUGUCUGCAGUCUCUUGAUCAUCCUCCUGUACUGUCUGCAGUCUCUGGUCAUCCCCUGUACUGUCUGCAGUCUCUGGUCAUCCCCUGUACUGUCCGCAGUCUCUGUCUCUGGUCAUCCCCUGUACUAUGUCCGCAGUCUCUGGUCAUCCCCUGUGCUGUCCGCAGUCUCUGGUCAUCCCCUGUACUGUGUCCGCAGUCUCUGGUCAUCUCCUGUACUGUGUCCGCAGUCUCUGGUCCAUCUCCUGUACUGUGUCCACAGUCUCUGGUCAUCCCCUGUACUGUGUCUGCAGUCUCUUGUCAUCUCCUGUACUAUAUCUGCAGUCUCUGGUCAUCUCCUGUACUAUGUCCGCAGUCUCUGGUCAUCCCCUGUACUGUGUCCGCAGUCUCUGGUCCAAUCUCUGGUCCAUCUCCUGUACUGUGUCUGCAGUCUCUGGUCAUUUCCUGUACUAUGUCUGCAGUCCAUUGGUUCAGAAUAUUUUUUUUUCUUGUUUAUCUCCUCUAAAACCUAAGCACGUCUUAUGGUCAUGUGCGUCUUAUG